AUACACCGGUGCCGCGAGGAUCCCUCGACGUAGUCGCGCUCGACGCCUCGAACGGCGAGCGUCUUUCUUUCUCUCUCUCUCCCUCUCUCUCUCUCUCUCUCUCUUCCCUUCUCUUAUCUUCUCUUCUCUGUUCUAUUCCCGUUCGCUAGGAAGAUAUUUCAAGAGGGAUUAGAAAGAAACUUUAUUUUUACGCGAUAAAUUUUUACAGAAGGUACCGAGAGAGGGAUUUUCCCUAAAAGGGAAAAAUAAAAAAUUCUCUAUCGAGAAAAUCUAAAGGCGCACAGUGUAGAAUUGUUAGAGGGAGAAGAGAAAGAAGGGAGAUCGGUGGUGUCCUGAAGGAAUACGAUAGAGAUCGGAAUUGCUCCAGAAACUAUUCUUCCUUCUUGAGAGUAAGAGAGGGAGACGAAAGAGAAAGAGAUUCGGAGAGUCUCACGUCGAGCGUUCGAUCGUUCGUUCAUUCGCUCGCUCACUCGUUCGUUCGUUCGUUCGUUCGUUCGUUCGUUCGUUCGUUUAUUCCUUCGCUCGUACGUUCUCCUUUUACUCUCCUUUGACAUCGUCAACGAGCCUCUUUCAAUCUCGUCUCUGAUUUGCAACGAGAGGAUCGUUAGUUCGAUCUUGCAUCGAGUAGUAGUAGACAGAGAACGACUUUUCUGUCGCGUGGGAGUCGAAUACUCGCGCUCGCGUGCGCCCGCGCUCCAACCAGCUAGCCAGUCAGCUAACGCACGUAAAUCGAGCUGACAUCGAGAUUUUCAGCGAACAUUUUCAGCGUUUAGAAAGGAGAACGAGUGUCUUAGGGAAUAUAAGAAAAGUUCUUCGUAUGAGAAGAAUCUCAUCGUCAUCGUAUCUCUCUCUCUCUCUUUUGUUUAUAUGCAUAUACCUACGUCUAUCCGUAGCAAGCUCGAUCUAGCAAACUCGCUGGCACACAACGCAUUGUUCUCCCCGAUAGCUACGGAGGAAAUGGGUCGAGAGGUUUCCGUCAGGCAAGUGUCAUUGAGUGCUUUGAAAAACAGAGACGAAGUUAUUUAACGAGUUUCGUAAGAAUAAGAAGAAAACGAAGAAGGAAAAAGAAAAAAUAAAAAGAAAAGAGAAAAAGAAGAGAAACACAUAAACAACGACAACGACGAAGAUCAUAAUCUAAUCAUUUGAUUUCAUUGAUGUCUUUAGACGAGUUCGAUCUUCUCGAUAUAUGUAUCUUGAUAUCGGAUGUGUGCUUGAGAGCUUUUUGAUAAAAAAGCAAAAAAGAAAAAGAUAAAUAAACAAACACUUUUCGAAAGUAUCUUAGAAAUAUCUCGAAAGAUAGAUCAUAAGAGAAUCAUAGUCGAGUGAACGGUGACAAGUAUCGAGAAAAAUGAUGGGCGAACGUUUAUUCUACGAUGAGGAUGUGCGGCACUUAAUCCAUUUGACAAAGAAAAUACACGCGCCAAGUACGACUCGUUGAAAGCUCUCGUUGUUUGUCAUUCCACGUGAAACUUCCGCGCGUCGAUCUUCCUUUUGGUACACGUUGGAAAUUUCAAGUGAACUUAUCCCUUGCCGAUGUAAGGCGUAAUUGUAUUCCACGAGGGUUAAACAAUUGCACGCUGGUUAACGACGUUGGAUAUCAUCGAUUGAUAAAGAUGAUAGUGCACAGCGGUCUACUGGUGAUCCUGAAAUUGGUAUUGAUCCUUGCUGCGUCGACUAUUCCAGGAACGUGGAUAAAUAUGGGCGUGCAGCACUUUCCACAAUUGGAGACGGCUCAGCUGAUGGAAAGUUACGACGUAGAAGCCUCGACGAUUUGCAUCGGUCUGAAGGGUCUCUCUCAGGGACAGGGGAAGCUUUGCCAAUUAUCCGUGGAUCAUAUGCCGAGCGUGGCGAAGGGCGCCAAAUUUGGAGUCCUCGAGUGCCAGCAUCAGUUUCGAGAUAGAAGAUGGAACUGUUCUACCGUCAAUGAUGAAACUGUUUUCGGGCCGAUCCUUAAAAUAGCGAGCAGAGAAACUGCAUUUGUACAUGCUAUCACAGCCGCGGGAGUUGUUUAUUCCAUAAGUCGAGCUUGUAGGGACGGACAAUUAUCAUCGUGCGGUUGUUCGAGGAGUAGCAGACCAAGAGAUCUUAAUCGCGAAUGGAUUUGGGGUGGAUGCGGCGAUAAUCUCGAAUAUGGAUAUAAAUUCACCCAAGCAUUCGUCGACGUAAGAGAACGCGAGCGUAGCUUCAAAAGAGGUAGUAGAGAACAAGGAAGAAGCCUAAUGAAUUUGCAUAACAACGAAGCAGGACGUAGGGCUGUUAUAAAAAGAUCUAAAGUGACAUGCAAAUGCCAUGGGGUAUCUGGCAGUUGCAGCUUGAUCACCUGUUGGCAGCAACUUGCUUCGUUUCGAGAAGUUGGUGAUCUUUUAUUGGACAAAUACGAUGGUGCAACUGAAGUCCGAGUAAACAGGCGUGGACGAUUAUCCAUGCGAGAUCCAAGAUUUUCUUUGCCCACGGCCAAUGAUUUAGUUUAUUUGGAUGACUCACCAAAUUAUUGCCUUCCAAAUGAUACUCUUGGCUCUUUAGGUACGCAUGGACGAAUUUGUAACAGAACAUCGUCCGGUAUGGAUGGAUGUAAUCUUCUCUGUUGUGGAAGGGGUUACAAUACUCAAAAGUCAACGAUAAGGGAAAGAUGCGAUUGUAAAUUCCAUUGGUGUUGCUUCGUUGAAUGUAAAACAUGUGUUAAAAACAUUGAUAUUCAUACCUGCAAAUAAGUUUGCACGUGUGUCAUUAUAUAAAAUAUACUUUUAAAGUUAAUACUA